AAGCCCAAUAUGACAAUCCCAGCCCGUACCGCCCUUCCCAGAAGGUUGUCCCGUGCUCAGCUCGUAAUCUCGUACAUACCAGCUGCGGCGGCGGCGGCAGCGACGGCGAUGCGGCUGCUCCCCGGCGCCUCGGCAUCCCGCCUGCCCUCCCCGCUUCUCUCACUUCCCCGCGGAAGGCCGAGAUGCGUGCCCGCCUCCUCCUCCGCCUGCCGGGCCGCCUCCUCAUCAGCCGCGGGCGCAGGCGACGGCGGCGCGCGGAAGCCGUGGCUCUUCGUCGGGCUGGGGAACCCCGGGAAGGUGUACCAGGGGACUCGCCACAACGUUGGAUUCGAGAUGAUUGAUGUUAUAGCAGAAGCUGAGGGUAUACCUCUCAGCAGUAUGCAGUUCAAGGCAAUGGUUGGAAAAGGUCGUAUUGGUGAUGCACCUAUCAUGCUUGCCAAGCCGCAAACUUUUAUGAAUGCAAGCGGUGAGUCUGUGGGGCAGCUGGUUUCAUAUUUCAAGAUACCACUUAAUCAAGUCAUUGUGAUGUAUGAUGAUCUAGAUUUACCCUUUGCAAAAUUGCGCUUGCUGCCAAAGGGUGGGCAUGGAGGGCAUAAUGGGAUGAGAAGUAUCAUCAACCAUUUGAAACAAAGUCGUGAUUUUCCACGCCUAAGAAUUGGCAUCGGGCGACCACCUGGGAAGAUGGAUCCUGCAAAUUUUGUUCUCCGGCCUUUUACCAAGAAAGAGCAAGAAGAGCUUGAUUUCGCGUUCCACAGGGGCUUGGAGGCAGUGCGAAUAAUGGUGCUUGAAGGGUUCAACAAGAGCGCAACUUACGUGAACACUUCACAGUCAUCUGAAAUGUUAAAUAGAUGAUAGAGCCAUAGACUACUGAAUUCAGUUUUAUUCCUGUGCCAAAGAGACUUAAUUGGGGUAUGAAUUGCAGUAAGGCGCACUGCAGCCAGCUUCACCUGGUUCAUCAUUUUGCACGGUAGCCUUCUUGCCUGCAAGAAAAUUCUGACAGCUGAAGACUGAAGUGUUCGUUGCAGCAUACUGUAUGAUAUGAGCAAUCUAUGUACUGUGAAACCAUGAUCACCGUAGCAUUCCACUAUUUUAUACCGGCUUGUUGAUUUCAUAUUUAUCGUGCAACCUUGAAAUUUUGAAGAACUUCGUACCCUACUAUU